CAGUCUUCUAUCAUCCAAACACGCGUCCUAUCAGCAAGCGUUCCAUUCCAUUGAGUCUGUCUCGUCCGCCAUUGGUGACCACGCUCCACGCUACAGCCAUGAUCUCCCGCACCGCCCUUCAGCGAGCCGUCCAAGCUCCAAUCGUCAAGCAAUCCGUCCGCGCUGCCUCGGCGUGGUCGCAGGUGCCUCAGGGCCCGCCAGAUGCCAUCCUGGGCAUCACUGAGGCAUUCAAGAAAGACAGCAACACCAAGAAGAUCAACCUUGGUGUUGGCGCGUACCGCGACGACAAGGGCAAGCCAUAUGUGCUGCCGUCGGUGAAGGAGGCCGAGCAGAAGGUGGUGCAGCAAAACCUCGACAAGGAGUACGCGGGCAUCACUGGUGUGCCUGACUUCACCAAGGCUGCUGCACUUCUAGCAUACGGACCAGACAGUACUGCCAUCAAGGACGGUCGAGUGGCCAUCACGCAGUCCAUAUCUGGAACUGGCGCCCUGCGGAUAGGUGGUGAAUUCCUCGCCCGCCAUUAUCCUGGCGCCAAGACCAUCUACAUCCCGACCCCAUCAUGGGCCAACCACAAAGCAGUCUUCUCUGACAGCGGGCUGGAAGUCAAGAGCUACAAGUACUACAACAAGGACACCAUUGGCCUCGACUUCGAUGGCAUGAUUGCCGACAUCAAGGCAAUGCCGAAGGGCUCGAUCGUGCUUCUCCACGCAUGUGCACACAACCCAACUGGUGUUGACCCAACUGAGGAGCAGUGGAGGGCCAUCAGCGAUGCCGUCAAGGCUGGUGAGCAUUUCCCAUUCUUCGACAUGGCUUACCAAGGUUUCGCAUCUGGUGACACCAACAAGGAUGCUUACGCUCUCCGCUACUUCAUUGAACAAGGUCACCAGCCAUGUCUUGCUCAGUCGUUCGCCAAGAACAUGGGCCUUUACGGAGAGCGUGUCGGUGCAUUCUCAAUCGUCACUGCGUCGGCCGAGGAGAAGACUCGUGUCGAUUCUCAAGUCAAGAUUCUUGUCCGUCCACUCUACUCCAACCCACCAGUUCAUGGCGCUCGCAUUGCCAGUACCAUCCUCAACGACCCAGCCUUGAACAAGCAGUGGCUUGGCGAGGUCAAGGGCAUGGCAGACCGCAUCAUCAAGAUGCGAACCCUGCUGAAGCAGAACCUCGAGAAGCUGGGCAGCAAGCACAACUGGGACCACAUCACUUCACAGAUCGGCAUGUUCGCGUACACCGGUCUGACUCCUGAGCAGAUGACCAAGCUUGCGGAGGAGCACUCGGUGUAUGCGACCAAAGAUGGGCGAAUCAGCGUUGCUGGCAUUACCUCCGAGAACGUGGGCAGACUUGCUGAGGCCAUCUACAAGAUCAAGGGUUGAAGCGGCAUUGCUACCAGCCUCUCGUUCAUCAGCUGCGAGCGGGCGGGAAAUGACAACAGAGAGGGCAAUUGAAGAAUGGUGUAUAAAAGCGGAGGCUGGCUGUGUGCCAAGGUCAAAAGAUGUAUAAUAGAUGGCUUAAGAGAUAGAAAGCUAGGUACCUUGUGUACAGAGCGUCGCGAGCAG